GGCAGGAUGAUGGGUCGGUGGUGAAUACAAGAUUAGCCGAUUCCCCGAAACCUCCUGCAGCAUCUACCAGUGUGCCGAAACUGAUGGAGCCAACCACAGACGAACAGGAGCCACUCCUUGGAAAACUGGUGUGGGCCAGAUUUGGUGGCCAUAGAUGGUGGCCCGGUAUCAUUGUGCGUGGGAACAUGUGUUACCUUCGCACUGCCAAGUAUGGUAACUCUUGGAUAUAUUGGUUUGGGGACCACAAGGUGUCUGAGGUUGCUCAUGGCAAGAUCCGACCUUUUACCAUUGACUUCUUCAACUACUUGAAGAAAAGUACAACCAUGGCCAAGACCUUCCACAAGGCCGUCGUUGAGGCGAUUCAGGUGUGCUGUGAAAGGGCUGGCUUCACCCCCGGGAAAGCUGAGGAAGAUCUGCUGCUGUGGGCAGAAAAUGGCUUCAAAGCCCGAAAUGGGAAAUCUCUUCAAGGCCAGCUUGAUGAACCCAAGGGCAACCAGCAGUUACCAAACUUUGUCAUCGAAGGUGUCGCAGCACUCUCGGCCAAGAUUAAACGGAGUAAGGAAGUCAAGGAAAAGGAGGAGAGAGUCACAGAGUCGGAAUUGAAACCAACAAGAUUAGAGGUUUUGGAGCAGAGGAAGAAAUCCAGUCCUGAGGACGCAGUGGCUGAUAUACGAAGUGGGAGAAGAGCUAUUACAGACACCUGUCUUGCCUGUACAUCCACCUCCGCCGCCGUGGUUGUACAGCACCCAUUCUUCGAAGGAGGUCUGUGCGAAAUGUGCAAGGAGGAAUUGAUGGACACCAUGUUUGCUUUUGGUGCUGAUGGAACUGGGGUUUUCUGCAUAAUCUGUGGAAACGGUGGAGACCUCUUUGUUUGUGAUAAGACUGCAUGUAACAGGGUCUACUGCACCGGUUGCAUCGUAGCACUUGUGGCGCCAUCAGCAAUUGACCUCAUCCACAAGACGGAACCAUGGCUAUGCUUCAUGUGCUCUGAGCACAAACCAGAGACCCACGGCAUAUUGGUCAAGAAGGCGAACUGGAAACAGAAUGUCCACGGUCUUUUCAACCACACCAUUGGCUCACAGCCUCCGACACCCGAGGACCUCCCAACUCAUCGGAUGAGGGUGUUGUCCCUCUUUGAUGGAAUAGGCACCGGAAAAUUUGUCCUCGACCAGCUUGGUUUUGACGUUGAAUUCUACUUUGCUAGUGAGAUUGACCAGGAUGCAAUUAACGUAACUAAGAUGCAUCAUAAAGAUAACGUGACCCAUCUUGGUGAUGUGAGGACUAUUACGGUACAAAAGCUCAAUGAAAUCGGCCCAAUUGAUCUGCUAAUCGGUGGUUCGCCUUGCAAUGAACUCUCCCUUUGCAACCCAGCCAGGAAGGGCUUGGGAGAUGGGACUGGCCGUCUGUUCUUCGAAUACUACCGAAUCCUCAACACACUACAGAAGUCAAACCGGGGCAGGCAUCUCUUCUGGCUGUUUGAAAACGUCGUCUCAAUGCCCAAAGAGGUCAAAUCUAGCAUUUCAAGAUUCUUUGGGUGUGAACCAGCCAAGUUGAAUUCCAAGUAUUUCUCAGCCCAGCAGCGUGCUCGAUACUUCUGGGGGAAUUUGCCUGGAAUAUAUUGCCCACCCCAGCUGGACCACUUCACAGAGAAGGGGGCCAACCUGAACAACGUCCUCACUCCAUUCUGCAACAGAGUGGCUCGGUUUGAGAAGAUCCAGACAGUAACGACGAAGAGUAAUUCCUUCCGACAAGGCCACAAAGACUCGAGAGGUGAACUGCCGGUCAUGAUGGAUGGAAAACAGGAUGGACUCUGGAUACCAGAGGUUGAAAGGCUGUUUGGUUUCCCGUCCCACUACACAGACAUCGGAUAUCUGGGCCCCGGCAAACGACAGAAGUUGAUUGGCAAGUCCUGGAGUAUUGGUGUCAUCCGCCAUCUUUUUAUGCCACUGAGACAGUUCUUUGCUCUGAGGGAUGAGGUGGAGAGUGGGGAGGUAGAGGGCGUUGAGCCUUGUCUGUAAUCCUAAUGAAUCUGAAGCUCUUUUAAAGGCCUCAUUCCACAAGGAGUCAUUUUCCUACUGUAGUUGCGGCCCCAGGAAAUAUUCAAGGCCCCAACAAGUAUUGGUUGCGAAUACUUGUUUGGCAGUGGUGUUUUACCUGUAUAUGGCCUGUGUGUAACCGAUGCCCUCCAGCUGGCUUAAACGCAUCAAUACAGUAUAUUUUUUAGACUUGGA